GGGGUUUCACAGGGGCUGGGGCAUCUCUGGGACAGAUGUGGGUUUAGAGGGCACAUGGCCCCCAUGGAGCUCCUGGAGGAAAACACAGGGGCUGAGCUGCCCCUCCCCCAGACAGGCCUCAUGGUUGCGUGCUACCAAGGCUUCCAGAGUGUGGUGGCCCUACUCAGCCGCUGUCCUUUCCUGGAUGUGAACCAGCAGGACAAAGAAGGGGACACAGCCCUCAUGCUGGCUGCCCAAGCAGGCCAUGUGCCUCUGGUGAGUCUUCUGAUCAACUACUACGUGGGCCUGGACCUGGAGCGCCGGGACCAGCGGGGACUAACAGCGCUGAUGAAGGCUGCCAUGCGGGACCGCUCGGAAUGCGUGGCUGCCCUCCUCAUGGCAGGUGCUGACCUGACCGCGGUGGAUCCUGUCCGGGGCAAGACUGCGCUGGAGUGGGCAUUUCUGACUGACAGCUUUGACACAGUGCAAAGGAUCCGGCAGCUGCUGCGGCGGCCCCAAGUGGAGCAGCUCAGCCAGCAUUAUCAGCCUGAGUGGCCCGCCUUGCCCGGGCUCGUGGCCCAGGCCCAAGCUCAGGCCCCCCCAUCUCUCCUUGAACGACUGCAGGCCACCUUGAGCCUCCCCUUUGUCCAGUCUCCUCAGGAGGGGGGUGUCCUGGACCACCUUGUGACCGUCACAACCAGCCUGGCCAGUCCCUUCCUCACUACUGCCUGCCACACCCUGUGCCCUGACCAGCCACCUGCACUGGGCACCCGAAGCAAGUCUGUGCCAGAGCUGCUAGGCACUGCCCCACCCCCUCCCCCAGUACCCCAACCCCCGCAGGAAAUCCCUGGGCCUCGGGUCUUUGUCCCCUACCAGGGCCCUCAGGGUGUGUUGAGCAUGUGCCCUCAGUGGCUCCAGCCCAGGGAUAGUACCAGCCCCAGGCCCCUACCCCCCAAGAUCCUCCUCUCCAAGGCCCCCUCAUCUUUCAUGCAGUGGAAGCCAGAGCCCAGGUCUUCAGGGAAUCGAAGGCUGGCCCUUCCUCUCUGGAGAUACCAGGAGCUCAGGAUGGAGAGGAGGAGGCAGGAGGAGGCUGGAUUGGCACAGAGCCAGGGGAAGAUGGGCUAGGCUGGGCUGGGAGCAGGUAAUCAGGCCCCUCCCUUAGGCUCCUUUGUCCUCUAGAGCCUCUUCUACUUUCCCAUCCACCUCUGUUUAAGUGACUCUAUUCUCAACCUGUGUACAAGGUUAUUCAUACAGCAUCGUCUGCAGCAAUAAAAGAGUGGAAACAACCUAAGUGUCCAUCAAUAGGGGAUUGGCUAAAUUGAUUUUGAGUGUAAAUAUUGCACACCCAUAUGAUGUAUUCUAUACAGUGGCAA